GCACUAUCGAACCCGGCUGAAUUAAUAUAUACCGGAAGAAAAAGAAAUCCAAAAUUGUGCAGCCAAAACGAUAUUGGAUACAUAUCGAGGACAAAGCAUAAAAAAACCAAAAGCAUUCACAAACCAGGAAAAAGUCAAGUAAAACGAAAAUAGAAACGGAAAAUUAUGAUACCCUCAUCCUACCAUGUGGGCGCUAACGACCAGCCGACUAACCUGGGCGCCGACCUCAGACAGGACUAGAAUAGAAUGUGCAUACAUGCGCCGACACCGAGGAAUUAUCCGACUGGAGUCAAUCACAACCCCCGAGACGGAGAGAACAGUGCGCUGCGUUGCUCUGGCGUCCACGGUACAUUGGUUAGCCCCCAGGAUACCGGCGACUAAACUCCUAACCAACUGGGCUAGGUCUUCUACUAAACUAGCUGUAGCUGCGACAACUAGUAUCCAUAGGCAUAAUGAUAGUGAGCCUUGUGGUCUAGGGUCGUUGAUCUACAAUACGCGCGGUGGCCCGCUCUUAGACUUCCCCUCUCUUUGCUUCCGUGCUUUUGCUGGGGGCUCUGUGGAGAUUGAGUAUUUUAGUAUUUACUGGGGCCAUGAGGCACAUGCAAGCCCAUUAGGGAUCGUCUGUGCCUCAGUUGGUGUCCGUUUUGCGUGCAUGGGUGGCUUGGUCUUGGUUCUUACGGCGUGCUUGUGGUUGGGACAGACUAUGCGAAUGGACGAGGACACAUUCUGGGUCGUCGGCACGUGUGGAUUCUUCGUGGUUCUUCCGCUCCCCAGCGCCCUUCUCCUGGUUUGCGAACCGAGUUGAGUUGGAUCUGGGGAUGCGGAGGUCUGUACUUUUGUGCGGGCGGCCGAGAGCGAAGACUACCUGCCAGAGACAUCUAAUCGAAGCGUGGGAUGAUAGUGUCUGUACGAUGACACCCCACGGGAGAGGCUCGGAAGGAUCGGUCAAGCUUCAUUAAGGCAGACUUCCGUACUAUAUCCAAGGUCGUAUGCGCAACACGAUAUGAUCGGCAAUCCAGAACUAGGUUAAUAGCAAGCAAGCAAACUAGGUCAACACGACAGA